UUGUUUCUGACGCUUUGUAGUGCACUUGUAUAGUGAGUAAGGAGGUUUUUGGGGUCGGGCUGAGCGAUGAUGAUAAUGCAGAGUUAGCUCCGGGUUUAUCCGUGAACACAGAGCCGGCUAUCCUCCUGAAACGGACUGAGCAGUAAGUGUGUGUGCAUCAUGAGCUCUUAUUUUGAUGAACAUGACUGUGAGCCCACAGACCCGGAGGAGCAGUACAGGCAGAAUGCACUGCUGGAGCUGGCCAGGUCUCUGAUGCAGGGUUUGGACGUGGACUUUGGAUCUCUGGACAUUUCCGAGUGGGAUCAGCGUCUUCCUCCUCCUGCAGCCAAAAAUGUAGUGCAGAGUCUUCCUCUGCUCGUCAUAUCCCCACAACAAGCAGAUAAAGGACUGAAGUGUCCUGUGUGUCUACUGGAGUUUGAGGAGCAGGAGACGGUGCGAGAGAUGCCCUGUAAACAUCUCUUCCACUCCAGCUGCAUCCUGCCCUGGCUGGGAAAGACUAACUCGUGUCCUCUGUGUCGACUCGAGCUGCCCACAGACAACCCUGACUACGAGGAGUUUAAAAAGGACAAAGACCGGAGAAGACAGAGAGAACACCGUCUGGAGGAUCUGCAUGGGGCCAUGUACACAUGACACACACACACACACUCUUACACACUUUAAAUGCAGGGCUUCUAUCAUGACAUGUAGCUUUGACAUGCUGCUGUCUCUCAGAUGUAAGGACCAGGUUUCUAUAAAAAUAACUAUAAAUUAUGUUCAACUAGGAUUUCUUUAAUUGUACACACACACUGUUUUUUUCCACUGUCUUAAUGUCCUGUAUGAUUUUAGCAGAAAAAAUUAUGGAAAGCUUUUUUUAAAAUACAGAAAAUUGUGCAUUGUAAAAACGCUGGAGCGUUACGUCACAAUCCUGCUAUUUAUUUUUGUGGGUUAAUAGCAAACGUUUUAGAGUAAAAAAUAAAAUAUGAGUGUUUAAUUGCUUGUACUGGAAUUACUGGAGAAAAAUCAGACGAUGUUUAGGGUGUCGAGGUCUGGGGAAAUAAUUACUUCAUUUUCUUUUUCAGAUCAUUUCUAAAUGUUAAAAACAACAUGUAGAAAACUUAUAUAAUUAUAUUAAGUAAUUAUUUUACAAGGAUUUUUAUGAAUAUAAAAUGUUUAAUUUCCAGUGAAAAAUUAAAUAAAUUCUAAUGAAAUAUUUUCAAUUCGUGAAAUUUAUUCAUAAACAAUUUAUUUAUUUUUUAUUUUUUGUAAAUAUAAAAAAAAAAAUCUAGGGUUGAAAUUAUACACAAAAACCUUGUUAAUAAAUGUCUAUUAUUAUUAUAUUUUUAUUUACAGUAAACUGCAGAAAAACAGGACACAUUUAUAAAUUAUUCUUAUUUAUUCAUCAUUCAGACCUUAAUCGAAUAGAAAUAUCUGCUCAAAGAAGAAAUCAUCAAAACGAUACAGAAAUUUUAUUUAUUUAUUUAUUUAUUACACAAAGUGAUUUAUAAAAUAAAAAAUACUUUCUGCACCGGUUUAUAUUUCAGAUUUGGAAUUUGAUCCUUUUUUUUUUUUUUGAAGAGAUUGUGCUGAUAAAAAAAUACACAUUUAAAAGACAUCAGAAAAAUUUUAACAGGCUGGAAAAAAAAGAAAAAGAAAAACACAAAUAAUAAUAAUAAUAAUAAUAAAAAAAGUGAGCGGUUUUAUGAUGACUGUCUGGGCCUUCGGAAAAAAAAAAGUUGGCAGGCUAUCAGCUGUGAAGAACUCAUGAUUGUCUGGCAGACGUACGAGCGCGAGCGGCAGGCUGUAUUGUUUAUAAAAAAAAAAAAAAAAAAAUUCAAGUGAAAAGCGCUGGACUUCGGUUACGUGAAUGCUGGAAGCAAACCUUCACAACUCUAUUGCUCCAUCGCUGGAAAGGUGUUCAAAUCCAAAGAAAGUAAUAAACCCACAACCCGGAGCAGUUCCACAGAUCAGUGCAGUCAGCAGGGACGCACUUCAUACAGUGAAACACCGAGCAGAUGGACAGCAGCGAGGGCGGAGCCUGGUCCGAGAUGAGCUUUUUACAGUACGACUGCAUUCGGUUUGGUUGUAAAAGCCGUAGAUACACUGGACUCGCCUUCCAGAGCCGAGCCACAGAAAUACAAAAACAAAU